UUAGUUACGAUACUUGUUGAGGCAAUUACCAAUGCAUCAAGUGCGGACAUAUGUACGCAGUGAAAAGUGAAAGCCCAUGUAAUUGCUGAACUGAAUUGAGAUAAGCGGACAGUUAAUUUUAAAGAUUACAGUGAUAUCGUAAAGUUGCACGUUUUCAAAUGAGAACUUCUGAAGGGUGACCUGUAAUUUUUUUUGAGCGAUCAAGUUUAUGACACGAAAUAAAUAUAAUAAUCUUCUAAAUGUGUAUACAAACACGCAUGCAUAAAAUACUAUACAUACACACACAUGUAAACGGACCAGUCUAGACGACUUGGCAGCUGCUAACAUAUCUAGGCGAAAAAUUCGACUUGAGCUUUUGUUUGAGGUGCGGCACAGCUCAGACAGUCUUAUUACAAAAUUUAAUCACUCACACACGUAGUAAUAGUAAAUACAAACAUACUAUUAGUAUUGCUGCUACAACAACAGCAACAACAAACAUACUACACAUAAAUAUAUGAUGACGUCGCUGACGAUGGCGGAGGCGGCAAUGGCGACCUUUCUCUCUCCGAUUAAUCUCUCAUCACACGUUUGGCAGACACUUUUUAUUACCUUUUUGUUGGCAUCAUUAUGCUUUCGAGCAAAAACAACAAUAACAACAAUAUCAACAACAAUGACAAACAAGUCUUGUGCUGAACAGUCUAUAGAUAUGAUUAAAAUGGAUACAACGAGAGUAUGCGGGCAUGAUAUGGGUUGUUUGCAGGGCAAAUAUAUGACAGGCUUUCAGACGAAACGCUUUCAGGCCUUUCUAGGUAUACCCUAUGCUUUGCCACCAGUGGGUGAGUUGCGCUUUGCGAAUCCCAAAGUUUUUCCACGCUGGUGGGACAUCUUAGACGCAACCAAGCCGAAGCAAGAUUGUGUGCAAAAAAAUUAUAUACUACCUAAUCCUGUGGUGCAGGGCAUUGAGGAUUGCCUUUAUUUGAAUGUUUAUAGGCCAUUGACGAGCGCUCAGCAGCCGCUGCCAGUAAUGGUUUACAUACAUGGCGGUGGUUGGUUCAGUGGCAGUGCGAGCCCUCUUUUACAAGGUCCGGAGUAUUUUAUGGAUACAAAAGAGGUUAUAUUAGUGACAAUCGCUUAUAGGUUGGGCCCGUUUGGUUUUCUCUCAACUGACGAUGCCAAUAUGCCCGGCAAUCUGGGACUUAAGGAUCAAAAUCUUGCAUUACGUUGGAUAAAACGAAAUAUCGCUGCAUUUGGCGGUGAUCCAGCAAUGGUAACAAUAUUUGGCCAAAGCGCCGGUGCCGUUUCCGCGCAUCUGCACAUGUUGAGCAAACAAUCCGAAGGCCUCUUCGACAGUAUUAUCACCAUGAGCGGCACUGCAAAUGUACCCUUCGCCAUCACCGACCAUCCGCUUCAACAGACCCGCACAAUGGCCAAACUUUGUAAUAUCAGCAACGCGGAUGAGAUGAGUACUGUUGAAUUAGCACGUGCUUUACGUGCUGUGAACGCUAUCGAGCUGUUGGAAGCGGGUGAUAGUCUAAAAUAUUGGAAUGUUGAUCCCAUGACGAAUUUCCGACCGAUUGUAGAAAAACAUGCCGAUAAGGAUGCUUUCCUCACACAGCAUCCGGUGCAAUUAUUGGCUAAGGGUACUUACAAGCCUGUGCCCUGGUUGGCAGGCAUGGUGCCAGGUGAGGGCGCAGUGCGUGUACUAUCGAUUUUGGCAAACCAAACAUUGAAACAACAAUUCAAUGAUAAUUUUCAUGAGCUCCUUGAAAAACUACUCGAGUUUCCAGAAUCCUUCAACACCGCGCAGCUGGUGGCAAAAACACAACAUGUCAUCGAUGAAUAUUUCGAUGGACAAGCAGAAAUCAAUAAUGCGACAGCGCGUGGUUUUCUUGAGUGCAUCAACGAUCGGGCUUUUCAUCAACCGUAUUACAAUGCUAUCGAUGCCUAUGUGCGUACAGUAGAUACCCAAAAGUAUCCGAUCUACUUGUACAAAUUUAACUACAGUGGACCCAAUAGCUUUGCCAAUAUCUACACAGGUGGUGUUUCGAUUGGCGAUUUCGGUGUAAUGCAUUGCGAUGACCUCAUUUAUAGCUUUCGUGCGCCAGUGCUAUUUCCAGAUUUUCAAAAGCUUUCGGUGGAUGCUUCCGUUGUAGCGCAGUUCGUUGGGACUUUCGUACACUUUGCGAAAUAUGGCAAGCCGCAGAACGCGGACACUUUACGGUCAUGUAAUGAAACCACAUUUGAUGCCAAAUCGGAGGCAAUCUGUGAUUAUCAGGAGUUCCGGAACGCUGGAUCCAAUGCUUUCAAAAUCUUCACAAAUAAUGAAUUCAAUGUGAGGCGAGCAAAACUGUGGAACAAGAUUUUGGAAAUAGAUGACGGUUCCAAAAUAUUUGCCUAACAUUUGAAUAAGUGCUCUUUUUUUGAGGAGUUUAAACUAGUUUUUAAAAGAUGUUUGUACUGAGUACUGAGAUUUUAGUUAGUAAUAAUAUUAAUAAGAAGGAAACUUUUGCAAUCUAGUGGUUAUUGAAGAUCAUAUUAAGAUUUUCGUUAGGUUCUAUAUAUAAGGCGUAGUUGAUAC